AUGAAGAUGGCCUCGACUACCCGACAGUUCGCCCGCGCGGCCACUCGCGCCACUCGCAACGGCUUCGCCAUUGCUCCUAGACAGGUCAUCCGCCAGCAGGGUCGCCGAUACUAUUCUUCUGAAACCGCACAGAAGUCAUCUUCCGCCUGGGUGUGGUUGACUGGUGCCGCUGUCGCUGCUGGUGGUGCUGGUUACUACUUCUACGCCAACGGUGCUUCUUCCGCUACCCCCAAGGUUUUCAACCCUACCAAGGACGACUAUCAGAAGGUUUACAACGAGAUUGCUGCUCGCCUGGAGGAGAAGGAUGACUAUGAUGACGGCAGCUACGGCCCCGUUCUCGUACGUCUCGCUUGGCACGCCAGCGGUACCUACGAUAAGGAGACUGGUACUGGUGGCAGCAACGGUGCCACCAUGCGAUUCGCCCCUGAGUCUGACCACGGUGCCAAUGCCGGCCUGGCGGCUGCCCGCAACUUCCUCGAGCCUGUGAAGGAGAAGUUCCCUUGGAUCACCUACUCUGAUCUCUGGAUCCUUGCUGGUGUUUGCGCUAUCCAGGAGAUGCUGGGCCCUGCCAUUCCCUACCGACCUGGUCGCUCUGAUCGUGAUGUCUCUGGCUGCACACCCGAUGGACGUCUUCCCGACGCCUCAAAGCGCUCUGGACAUCUCCGAGACAUUUUCUACCGUAUGGGCUUCAACGACCAGGAGAUUGUCGCCCUUUCCGGCGCCCACGCGCUUGGCCGCUGCCACACUGACCGAUCCGGCUUCGAAGGCCCCUGGACUUUCUCCCCUACCGUUCUGACCAACGAUUACUUCCGCCUCCUUAUCGAAGAGAAGUGGCAGUGGAAGAAGUGGAAUGGCCCUGCCCAGUACGAAGACAAGUCUACCAAGUCUCUGAUGAUGCUUCCCAGCGACAUUGCCCUGAUCGAGGACAAGAAGUUGAAGCCUUGGGUCGAGAAGUACGCCAAGGACAACGAUGCCUUCUUCAAGGACUUUUCCGACGUUGUUCUCCGAUUAUUUGAACUCGGUGUUCCUUUCGCCGAGGGCACUGAGAACCAGCGCUGGACCUUUAAGCCUACAAACCAGGCAUAA